GGGAAAGGGGAUGAAGAAGAAAGAAGCAAACAAAAACCAAUUCCUCCCAACUCCCAACCAAAAAAGCCCUAUCCCCGUCCCCGCGUCUCCACCUUCCUCGUGCCACUGGUCCUACGCGCCAUCAAAAUUCCCAAGAUCUACAUUUUUAAUUAUCUAUCUACAUACAUGUAAUCAAUGUAGAGUGACUUCAUGAUUCUCACGUCCCCUGCAUCCAAUUCCUCCUCCUCAUUUGCCCAAUUCUUGAAUCCAACUCCAGUCCAGCUAUUUCUUUCCUCUAAUUUCUUGAAAGCCCACUCCCCUUAUCACUUCAAGACUCGGUCAUCAACUCAUCAUCUUCAAACAAUAUUAAAAUCGGUUUCUUUAUUGCAAAGAAAUAUUUUUUUUUUUUUAAUUGAGUACCCAUUUUCAAGGAACCCAUGACAGAGGUCCUCCACUCUUCAUCUCCUUCUUCGCCUUCUGCGUCUCCUCCCACAAUUUCCACACCAACCCACACCCACACUGGGUCAUUGUUUCAGGCGGGGGGUUUUGGGGAGGAAGAGGGAGAAGAGAAGGGCGGAGUUAAGGAGAGGGAUCAGCUGUCUUUGUUGGCCCUUUUAGUGACUUUGUUCAGGAAGAGUUUCUGGAUGGCUUGCAAAACGGAUAGGGCGGAGCUUUGCGGUCCUGUUGGCGGUGACGGUGGUGGAGGAAUGGAGAUUGGAUGGCCUACUAAUGUGCGCCAUGUUGCACAUGUUACCUUUGAUAGGUUCAAUGGAUUCCUGGGUUUGCCUGUGGAGUUUGAGCCUGAUGUCCCCAGAAGAGCCCCUAGUGCAAGUGCCACUGUAUUUGGAGUGUCAACAGAAUCAAUGCAAUUGUCAUUUGAUUCCAGAGGGAACAGUGUUCCAACUAUUCUUCUACUGAUGCAAAGGCGUCUUUAUGCUCAAGGGGGCCUGCAGGCCGAAGGGAUUUUCAGAAUAAAUGCAGAGAAUAGCCAGGAGGAAUAUGUAAGGGAGCAAUUAAACAGAGGAGUAGUUCCAGAUGGCAUUGACGUACACUGUCUGGCAGGCCUUAUAAAGGCUUGGUUCCGUGAACUUCCAAGUGGGGUGUUGGAUUCUCUUUCCCAGGAACAUGUAAUGGAAUGUCAGUCCGAGGAGGACUGUACUACACUCGUGAGACUUCUCCCCACUACUGAAGCCGCUCUGCUCGAUUGGGCCAUCAACUUGAUGGCUGAUGUUGUCCAAGAAGAACAUCUUAACAAGAUGAAUGCCCGCAACAUAGCUAUGGUAUUUGCUCCUAACAUGACACAGAUGGCAGACCCGUUGACUGCACUAAUGUAUGCAGUUCAGGUGAUGAACUUCUUGAAAAUGCUUAUUGAGAAGACAUUACGAGAAAGAAAAGAUUCUGUUAUAGAACCAGCUUCCAACAUAGAGCCAUACGGUGAAGAUGGUCACCAGAAUCCUCCUCAGUUUAUCCUGUUGAAGAUCCCUACAUAUAACUCAGCCGAAUUGUCAGAGCAGGUGUUCACCGUUGAAGAUCCCUACACGGAGAGCCUUUCUGAUUCUAAUCCAGUUGGUAACCUCACCGAUGAAGAAUAUCUCAGUUAUACAGCUUCAACUGAGGAAUCUGAAGAAACCGGCUCUUCUGAAUCUCUUCUCAACACUAGCAUAUUAGGUCAGUCUCUAGGAACUGAAAACAAAUGCAAAGGAAUUAGCAAUUUGAGCCGUAUCAAUUCCAUGACAGAGCGGAUUGAAGCCUGGCGAUGAAGAAAACGUCACUGACUGAAUUGGCAAAACGUUCCUCUCUCUGUUUGGCUGUGAAAACCGUGAUUUGGUAAAUGUAUUUUUAUCUUAGCGUCGAGUGGUUUGGUUUUAACUCGGUUACAGUUUCAUGUGUAUAUUAACAAGAGUCUAAAACUUCUGAAUGUCUCCUUCGGCUUACUCAAUGUGUGAUGACUUUCCUCAAUGAAAUAUGAUUGCCUAUUA